AAAAAAGAAUGAAGGUCGGUGAUUUGGUUGUGGACAGAUGUUAACGAGUGAUAACAUAAUGUCGCGUUUCAUAGAGCUAAGUUGUAAACGACACCUCCCGUGUUGUUGUUGCUAAUCAAAACGACCCCACGCCCUUUACCCAGUACAAAUCAGGUCUCAACCCUCGCCCCCAACUUCCUGUCUCUUCCUUUCUUCGCAGCCAAUCCCCUUCGUUGACCUGAGCCUCCCCUUCCUCCGAGCUCAAAUCUCCCACUUCUUUGCACAGAUCGCACCGCCUUCACCUUCGAUUCAUCCAUAACAAGAUCUACUUGAAUCUCGCUUGUGGAUCUCCAAUUCCAAAUUUUAUUGUCACUCAAAUCCUCUUCAGAUCUGGGGUGUUUCAUUCCAGUUAUAAUUUUGUUCCUCGGAUUCGAUCAUAGAAAAUGUCGAUUAUACCGAAAGGCGAUUCGGUUCAAAUCAGGGAGGUUUGGAACGAUAACCUCGAAGAGGAGUUCGCGUUGAUCCGCGAAAUCGUGGACGAGUAUAACUACGUGGCGAUGGAUACCGAGUUCCCCGGCGUGGUACUCCGUCCGGUGGGGAAUUUCAAGAACAUCAACGACUACAACUACCAAACGUUGAAGGACAACGUCGACAUGUUGAAGCUGAUCCAAUUAGGUCUCACCUUCUCCGACGAGAACGGGAACCUUCCUACCUGCGGCUCCGAGAGUCCCUGCAUCUGGCAAUUCAACUUUCGCGAGUUCAACAUCAGCGAAGACAUCUUCGCUAGCGAUUCGAUCGAGUUGUUGCGCCAGUGCGGGAUCGAUUUCAAAAAGAACAGCGAGAAGGGAAUCGACGUGAACCGGUUCGGGGAGCUUCUCAUGUCCUCUGGAAUCGUGUUGAACGACGCCGUUCAUUGGGUUACCUUUCACAGCGGCUACGAUUUUGGCUACCUCCUUAAGCUGUUGACAUGCCGAAGCUUGCCGGAUACGCAGGCUGGGUUCUUCGAUUUGAUCAAGAUGUAUUUCCCGAUGGUGUAUGAUAUCAAGCAUCUGAUGAAGUUCUGCAACAGCCUCCAUGGUGGGUUGAACAAGCUAGCAGAGUUGUUGGAGGUGGAAAGGGUUGGUGUGUGCCAUCAGGCUGGGUCUGAUAGUUUACUCACUUCUUGUACAUUUAGAAAGUUGAGGGAUACAUUCUUCAGUGGCUCAACGGAGAAAUAUGCUGGUGUCUUGUAUGGUUUAGGUGUUGAGAAUGGACAGACUAAUUGAAAGAGAAAAAAAGAAAGAAAGAAGAAAUGGAUAUAAUUGGUUGUAGAGUACGUCUAAGUGUGAGUCUUUUUACUUGUGUACACUUCUGCCAAAAAUGGUUGUUGUUUACUUGUAACAUUUUCUUCAUCCUUGCUUGAACUGUAACUCAAACCGUAGCUGGUUUUGUUAGCUUGAGUUCUUUGUAAAUCAUCACUUCAGUUUAGUGCUUCAAAUUUCAAUAAAUAAUUUAUGAUGAUUCCUUUA